AUGAGAGUCAACACUGCUCUCGCUGGCUUGCUCGCCAUCAUCGAAGGCGCAGCAAUCGCUCAAGCAGAUGCGCAGUCCGUAUUGCAAGCAGUUCUAGGGUCCAGUGAUUCGCCGCCAUUGCCAUCGCGACCACGUCGACAACCGAACAUUCUUUUUAUCAUCACAGACGACCAAGACCUGCAGCUCAACUCGGUGGCCUAUACUCCCCUGAUCGCAAAACAUUUACGCGACAAAGGCACCGCCUUUGCCAACCACUUUGUCACUACCUCUCUCUGCUGUCCCUCUCGAGUCUCUCUCUGGAGCGGUAAAUUGGCCCAUAAUACAAACGUCACGGACGUGAGUCCGCCCUAUGGUGGUUACCCGAAAUUUGUGGAGCGCGGAUUUAACGAUAACUUCCUGCCGGUCUGGCUUCAACAAGCCGGCUAUGACACCUACUAUACUGGAAAACUCUUCAACGCGCACACGGUUGAAAACUAUGACAGUCCUCACGUCAAUGGGUUCAACGGAUCCGAUUUCUUGCUUGACCCUUACACCUACGCUUACCUGAAUGCGACCUUUCAGCGAAAUCACGACCCUCCUGUAAGCUACGAGGGGCAGCACACGACUGAUGUAAUUACGGAGAAAGCUCUCGGGUUCUUGAAUGAUGCAUUAGAGGGGGACCGGCCAUGGUUCGUCGCACUGGCUCCCAUCUCACCACACUCAAAUGUCGAUCCCGCUCGUCUAAACGACGAUGUCACAUUCUCUGCUCCCAUUCCCUUGGAACGGCAUCGGCAUCUAUUCGAGGAUGUGCAGGUACCUCGAACAGAGCAUUUCAAUCCGGACGAGCCGAGCGGCGUUAGCUGGAUACAAGAUCUUCCCAAGCAGAACGAGACCAUCGUGGAGUACAAUGACCACUUUUACCGGUCCCGUCUGCGCGCUCUACAGGGCGUGGAUGAACUUGUGGAGGCGGCCGUUACUCGGCUAGAGGAGAGCGGCCAACUCGACAACACUUAUAUCAUCUACACAUCCGACAACGGAUUUCAUAUCGGCCAGCACCGGCUGCCACCCGGAAAGACCUGCGGGUUUGAAGAGGAUAUCCGAGUUCCUUUCUUCAUCCGAGGGCCUGGUGUACCGCAAGGGGUGGUGCAGAAUGCUGUCACCACUCAUAUAGAUCUAGCACCGACGUUUUUCCAGCUGGCCGGGAUUCCCGCAAGGGAUGAUUUUGACGGCACACCCAUACCGAUCAACUCCAGCUCCAAAACCACGCGUCAUGAGCAUGUGACCGUGGAAUAUUGGGGCAAGGGAGUCGCGGAAGGCGCAUUUGGUUACAUCGGCCCCAAUGGUUCGAACAUGAUCGGUAACCACACGUACAAGGCACUGCGUCUCAUAGGCGAAGGCUAUAAUUUGUACUAUUCGGUGUGGUGCAACAACGAGCAUGAACUUUAUGAUCUUUCAACCGAUCCGUACCAGCUACACAACUUGUACCCAUCAAAUUCUCGAGCUAAUUCCAUGGAGCCUCGAAUUCUCGGGCGACGUUUGUCCGAGGCUAUCAAUCGGCUGGAUGCUCUUCUGUUGGUCUUGAAGUCCUGCAAGGGAAUAUCCUGUAUCGAGCCCUGGAACGUCCUCCAGCCAGAUGACUCCGUGCGUACUCUACGAGAUGCUCUGGAUGUUGAAUAUGACAGCUUUUACAGUCAACAGCCCACGGUGUCCUUUGAUUGGUGUGAUGCUGGAUAUGUGAUUGAGGCGGAAGGCCCCCAAGUGGGAUUAACUAGACAUGGCUUGAACUGGGAUAUUUGGACAUAG